AUGUAUAAUGAAGAUCAAAAAUUUAAUACAACUAGAUUACCUUGGAUUCUACAUUUGAAAAUAUUAAAAUAUUUAUAUAGUUCAAAAGAUGAUAUUAUAUGCAAACAAUCAAGUUCAUGGAGAGUAUCUCUAUCGCUAGUUUGCUGGAAAUAUCAUUCAUUCAUCUCCAAACACUUUUUUAAUAACCUAGAUUUAUCAUUGGAAAAUGAAGAUCUAACCGAAAUCAUUUCACAUAUUAACAGCAGAUAUUGUAUCAUUAAAUUUGUUAAUAAUCUAAAAUGUUCAGAUCAACUAUUAUUUAAUUUGUUUCAAAUGAAUCCAUCAUUUUUUGAUUCAAUGUACAGUCUUGAUUUACAAAUUACAUCUCCAAUGAAUCAAGAUUUUAUCUAUUUAUUAAUAACAAUCUUCAAGUCAUUAUAUCACUUUAAAUACACAAUCACCAACAACAACAGUACAAACAAUAAUAUUUUAUAUAAUCAAUUAGUAUUUGAUUCUUUAAAUAAAAAUAAAGAACUAUACUCAUUUAAAUACCAAUUGAAUAAUAUAGUAGUACAACCAGUUCAACAAGAUAAUAAUAUUUCCAAUAUAUUGUCAAUUUCACCUUGUAUUUCAUUUUUAAAGAAUCAUACAAAUCUAACAAAGAUUGAUAUUAAACAAAUCCAAAUUGAUACAGAAUUCCAUUCGUUUGUAGAGCUAUUGCCAUCCUUCAAAAGUCUAUCCAAACUUGUUGUCUCUUUCAAGGUCAAUGCGGAAUUGGUAAAAAACUUUUUUAUCAGUUUGAAAACCAUCAAUCUUUCCAGUUUGGUUAUAGAACAAGGUGUUGGUGACAAUCCAGUUCAUCUCAAUGCUUUGGUAGCCUACCUCACCGGAAAUACUUCGCUCUCCCAUCUGUCUUUGCCAUCAGAGAUAACCGAUGGUUCCAUCCUUAACGUUUUAUUGACCAACAGCAAUGAGAGUAAAUGUAAAAUCAAAAAGUUAAAGCUGUCACCACUAAUCUUUGGAAAUAUCGAACAGAAUCAAUCAGUUUCACUCUGUCUGGAUAAACUGUCAAUUCGAUCGAUUUGGAGUAGCUAUUCAUUUUUAGACCGACUCGAUCCAACCAGAUGCGAUAUUAAAAAGAUUGAUAUGUGUUCAUGUUUUAGCAACACCUCGAAAUCACCUACUUUUUUAAACCAGAACACAACUGUUUUGACCAAAGAUAUGAUACCAUAUAUCACAGCCAACAACAAGAUCAGAGAUCUACAAUUCAACUAUGAUCCACAAUUUAUUGAAGCAUUAAAAGAAAACAGUUCAAUCAACACAAUUACAAUUCAAUUAAUAUCAAACACAAGCAACGAACUUUAUAAUAAUAUUAAUAAUAUUUUUACAAAUAUUGAUAGAAAUCAAUCUAUAAAAUCAGUACAAAUAAUAGUCACACAACAACAACAAAGUAUAAAUAAUCACCAAAUAACAUUGGAUCCUUUGAAGAUCCAAGAAAUUGCACUGGUCAAUGGUAGUAGUAAUCAAUUUAAAAUGAUUAGUCAUGAUCAUAGAGAUAAAUUAUUCUUCCAAAGACAUAUUUAA